AUGGGGAUGAUACUGAAACAUUAUUUAUUUACAACUUCAUUCUCCAAGAUCCAGCGUCGGAUCAGUUUUCAUCUCCACAUCUGCAACUUUCCCUUCCCCCGAGCUCAGCUAGCAGCAAUGGCUUCCCUGCUCAAACGUGACACCUUUGCUGUCCUUCGUUCUCAUCAUCCUCAGGCGGCGGAGGUUUCGCAGUUGCAAUCUAGACGUCAACUUCAUGUCGAACCUGGGGCUCGCGAGAAAGCCCUUUUGGCAAAGGAUCCAGCAUUAGAGCGCUUCAAAUCAUAUAGAAAAGGUGCCUCACGCAUCAGAAGAAUUGGAGAUUACCUCACUAUUGCAGUUGUAGCUGGAUGUUGCUAUGAGAUUUAUGUGAGAGCUGUGACACGAGAAGAAGCUCGGAAAGCAGCUUCUGGAAGUGCUUGAUUUGAUGUUGAUGGUGAUCAUUACUUGUUCCUUGAAGCAUGAAAAAGAUUGUCAAUAAUUUUAUGAAUAAGCAGUGUUGUUGAUUUUUGAAGAAAAAUGAUCUUUCUUUUAUGCAUAAGAUGCGUCGUUUCAGUUUUCUUUCAGAUGGUGUCAUGAAUAUAGCGUUGUGAUUGUUGUUUUUUGCUCUUAUGAAAGGAUAAAUUGCCUUACAAUAAACAAUUUAUAUACUUGCUAAUAUCCCACAAUAUGGAGGAUUACAAGGAAUAUUCCAUAAUAUACAUUUAGCCUUGAGGAAUUAUCUCUAUAAUUCAUCAUCUUUAAAAAAUUAUAACAUAUUACAAUCCC